AUGCCGUUCGAACUGCCCUCCUUUCCUCCCGCCCAGCAGGCUCAAAUCAUUCGAUCCAAUCAGCGAGAUUUCAUUCAUUUAUCUGCGUUACGGGAGCAACUAGAUGGUGUCCUGAGGACUUGGUUAGGAACUCGGCGUCUUACACGAUGGGACAGAGAAGUAGAGUUGGCUACCAAGCUUCUGUACUAUGGUAUGACCGUCGGCCGAGCUACGCAAACUUUGGGAGAAGAGUAUACUGAUAUUUGGUCGCAUUCAUCACGUACUGGUCAACUUCCCAGCUUGCGUACUAGGGCCGCUCUUAUUCUCUUGCCGACAUUGCCUUCCUAUGUCAUGGCCAGAUGGGGUUCGUCGUUCUCAUCUACAUCAACAAUCGGCUCUCUGCUACGCAAGCUACCUGACUGCCUGGAAGUCUUGUCUGAAGUGAACUUAGCUGUUUUCUAUUUCCGCGGAACCUACUAUGAUCUUGUAAAAAGAGUCUUAAGACUUCGUUACGUAUCGUCUUUACCUGCAAAUCCGAAUACGCGGCCUCCAUCGUAUUCAUUAUUAGGCAUCCUGCUAGCCACUCGACUCAUUUAUCGUCUCUGGAAUCUCUGUCGAACAUUAUCCCAUACUGAAGCAAAGGACCACAAUUCCCUGAGAGGAAAGGAUCCGGCCGGGCACGCUGAGGAGGCUUACAUUGAUGAUAAACCGGUAUCGACUAUGCUCAGCCGUGUUGAUUCAGAUGAAGCACCAGAGAUAUUGGCCGAAAAUGAUGAACGGACGGUCUUGGACUUUGCUCAAAUAUCUUCCCAACUACGAGCAAACCGAAAUUGUACACUUUGCCUAGAGGAGCGCACUGCGACUACUGCGACAGAAUGUGGACAUUUGUUUUGUUGGGAUUGCAUUGUAGGCUGGGGGCGAGAAAAGCCUGAAUGCCCUUUAUGUCGACAGUCACUCAGUCUCACAUCAUUGUUGCCUAUUUACAAUUUGUAA